AUGAGCGCCAGCUACGUGGCGCUCUCCGGCGGUGUCGGCGGCGCCAAGCUCGCUCUCGGGCUUUGCGACGUGCUUGACGACCCCGCCCGGCUCACCAUCGUCGCCAAUACCGGCGACGACUUCGAGCAUCUCGGCCUCAAGGUCUGCCCCGAUCUCGACACGCUCACCUACACCCUCGCAGGGCUCGCGAAUCCGGAGACCGGCUGGGGGCGGGCAGGGGAGAGCGGCGCCUUCAUGGAGGCCCUUGGCGCCCUCGGCGGUGAGACCUGGUUCUUCCUCGGUGACAAGGACCUCGCCAUCCAUGUCGAGCGGACCCGGCGGCUGCGGGCGGGCGAGAGCCUGAGCGCGGUCACGGCUGCACUGUGCGCGAGGCUCGGCAUCCAGGCGCACAUCGUGCCCAUGAGCGACGAUCCGGUGCCAACCGUCGUCGAGACGCCGGAAGGCCCGCUCGCCUUCCAGCACUAUUUCGUCCGCGAGCGCUGCCGGCCGAAGGCGCUGGGCUUUCGCCACGAGGGGGCCGAUAAGGCCCGCGCAUCUAGCGCUUUCCUCGAUGCGCUCGCGACGCCCGAUCUCGGCGCCGUCAUCAUCUGCCCGUCGAACCCCUACAUCAGCAUCGACCCGAUCCUCGCCGUCCCCGGGGUGCGCGCAGCACUCACGGCCUGCGAGGCGCCGGUGAUCGCCGUCUCCCCGAUUAUCGGCGGGCAGGCGGUCAAGGGGCCGACGGCCAAGAUGAUGGCAGAGCGCGGCAUCGCGCCGAGCGCCGCGGCGAUCGCCGAGCACUACGACGGGCUGAUCGACGGGCUCGUGCUCGACGAGGCGGACAGUCACGGCCACGAUGAUGACCGCGCGCACGGGAGAAGCAGGCUCUCGCCCGUGCCGUGCUCGCGUUUGCCGCGCGAAUCGGCGUAG